AUGGCCAACAUGGCGCCAUACAGGAUACGAGAUCUGUCAGUAGUUCCCAUAUCGGCCAUCAUGACAGGAUAGGCCACCUCGCCUUAUGGUAUACAGUACAUUUAUAUUUCAAGAUGAUAAAUCGCAAAUUGCAUUUUGCUACAAGUGCAGUUCUAGUGAAUGCCAUCUCAGUUGGGCUAGCAUCUACAUAUUCCUCUACUGCCACAGAAAGUAUGAAAAAUGGUAAACUUAACCCUGAUGAUGAUGAAGUAUCAUGGAUUGGUAGUUGCCUCCCUUUUGGCGCUAUUAUUGGAGGAACAAUAGCAAGUUAUCUGUCUAAUAAAAUAGGCAGAAAAGGUACCCUGAUGUACCUCUCCUUGUUUCUUGUUGGAGGAUGGCUCUGUAUUGCAUAUGCUUCUAACCUUACAUUUGUGUACUUAGGCAGAUUCAUUACUGGCAUAUGCAUUGGAUUAAUUUGUGUUGUUACACCAAUGUACGUUAUUGAAAUAUCUACUCCAGAAAAAAGAGGCAACCUAGGAACUGGAUUUCAACUGUUCAUUUGUAUUGGAAUAAUGCUAUCCUCAACACUUGGUAAAUUCCUUCCUUGGGAUUGGGUUGCAAUUGGUGGUUCUGUGCUUGCUAUUAUGGCUCUUUUAUGCAUGCUUCCUUUUCCUGAAUCUCCACGAUGGCUUGUGAUGCAUAACAAGCAAGCUGAUGCUGUACAUGCUGUUAAUUUCUUGUAUGGCAACACAAAUGAUCCAUCUGUGAAUGAACUUUUAAGUGAAAGUCUAACUGUUUCAACUAGAAAUUCAUUAACAAUGCGAGAAAUCUGGCAUCCUACUUUUUAUAAACCAGCAUUUCUUUCUAUUGCACUCAUGUUUUUUCAGCAGUUCUCUGGCUCAAAUGCUAUACUUUAUUAUACUGUAUCAAUAUUUAAGGAGGCAAAGAGCUCUGUGGAUCCCAUGAUGGGCAAUUUAUGGGUGGCUCUUGUUAUGUUCUGGUCUACUUUCAUUACUUCUCAUACCAUGGAUAUAAUCGGCCGAAAAAUAUCUUUGUAUAUUUCAGGUUUUGUCACUUGUAUUUCUUUAAAUGCAAUGAGUGUGUAUUUGCUCCUUAGUGCACGGGACCCAUCUUUGAAAGAAACAUUUGGAUGGAUUCCUUUAGUAUGCUUGAUUGUUUAUAUUGCUGGAUUUUCAGUUGGCCUUGGACCAAUCCCAUGGCUAAUGAUGUCUGAAAUGUCUCCUAUCAGGGUUAGGGGUCUUGUUUGUGGAUUGGGCACUGCAUUCUCCUGGACUUUUGUUUUUAUCAUUACCAAAAGUUUUCUUCAAAUUGAAGCUGCUGUGGGUGACUUUGGGGCUUAUUGGAUUUAUUCUGUCUUUUGCUUGCUUGCUUGCUUUUUCACUCUAAUUUUCCUUCCUGAAACAAAAGGAAACACUUUGGAAGAAAUAGAAAACUAUUUUGCUGGUGGAGAAUCUCAGACUCACCCAUUACCAGAUCUUCCCAUCGAAAGAUUUAUAGAUCAAGAUAGUUAAUGCAUUCUUUUAAAGCAUCUGCCUAUGUUCAUAUUAAUAUAUAAAUGUACAUGUGUGUAUAAUAUAUUUACACACAUUUUUUUGUGUUCAUUUAUAAGUUUGUAUCUGUCUCUAAUUAUUGGCACAAUUGUAGAUUACAGUUUUUAGUAUUCUGUAUGUAAAUAAAAUUAUUUAUUAGA